UCUCGUUUUAUUUUUGAUUACCAUUCCUAACUCAUAUAGAUGAAUAUUUAAAUAUUAUUUAAAUAGGAAAAUGUCAUCAUAGAAAGAACAUGUGUUUACUUGUAAUGCCGGACACGCCGCCAGUCGUAACAGGUGUGACAACAGAAAAAUGUAAUCUUGUCUAUGUGUUUAUCCCAUAUAUGAAUGUCAUUAGAAGAAACUUGAUAAGUGUAUACAUGAGCCUUUUAAACAUUAUAUACUCGUAGAUGACGUAGGUACGGCUAACGUAUAUCGUAACAAAAAGAUUUGACCUUUCGACUGAUCAUUUAGUUUUUCCAUAUGAAAAGUGAAAGUGCGCGAGAAUUUGUGGUCAUUUAUGAUUUGAAGGUUAAGUUUGAUUAAUUAAAAAUAAAUCAAAAUGUUAUUAUUUAAUACAUAUGAGAAUAUCGAAAAGAAAAUAUUACAAAAUUUGAAAAUAAAUGGCAUAGUUCAUCGAUCCAAAGCAAGCUGUGGAUUAUGGCUUGGAAGUUUAAUAGGAUUGAGCGCAGCAUUAACGUUAUUAAACGAUAGUAAUAGUUAUUCAGAAAUAUGUUUGGUAAUAGGAUUAACAGGUUUUGGAUUACUUGUUAGUAGUUUAUCUCUUUACAUACGGCUGUAUAGACUUUGUAUAGGAAAAAGUGCGAUUAAAGAUUUUCAUGUUAUUUAUUUUCUACCAGCGAUUGUAACAUCUAUGCUAUAUCUUUUUAUGGCAAACAAAGGAUUGCUGACGAGUGUAAUAUGGGGAUUAAGCGUUGGAAGUUUAGGCACCUGGGGCAUCUUACAAUUAAUGUCUUAUUGCCCCGGUUGUUUUACAAUCGGUGAAGCAAUGGUCGUUGCGCAUGGAUUCAUUUUAUUCCUAUUGUCAGUUGCUACCAAUAUACCAUUAAGAUAUCAUUUACCACCAAUCCAUAAUGAUGAUAUUGUAACAGUUAUAUUACAGAUUGGUAUAUUAUAUGUUUUAUCGAUUUGUAUAUUAUGUAAAAACUUAUUGAUACUACGUUUUCCUCGAUACUUUUAUGCAAUGGUACUAGGUAUCUUCUUUCUACUCGUUGUACCAUUAUUAUACGUACUUAUCGAUCAAAAUCCUUUAUCAUGGAUAUUAUUUUAUAUCCUUAACAAAACGCACAGAAUUUCAUUGAUAAUAUAUUGGACAAUUUGUUUGUUAUGUUCUGUAUUAAUGAUAAUAUUUCAAAUGCUAUCCGGUGUUCCAGCUACGUCAUCUACUAGAAAAUAUUUUCACAUUGUAGCUGUGUUUGUUUAUGUUCCUGGACUUUUGUAUGAUCCUACAUUAUUAUAUCUUGGAAGUGGUGUUAUAGCAGGAAUAUUUAUACUGUUGGAGUUAACAAGGAUAUUGAAAGUAUCACCUUUAGGAAAUAUGCUACAACAAGGUUUUAAUAUAUUUGUGGACGAAAAAGAUCAUUUAUUAUCGCUGACACCAUUGUAUUUACUCUUUGGUCUUUCAUUUCCAUUGUGGAUGCCAGCUAAUAAUGCUUCGCUAUUUGUUCUUCUUAGUGGGUUAUUGACCGUAGGCAUAGGUGAUACAGCUGCUAGUUAUUUUGGUAGUAAAUGGGGAAAACAUAAAUGGCCAGGUUUAGAAAAAUCUGUGGAAGGAACGCUUGGCUGUAUUACUAGUCAGCUUGCAACGAUUUCCCUUCUUAUUUUUAUGAGGUAUAUCGACGUCCAGUGGUUAUUAAGAAGUAUAUCAUCUGUUGUUGCAAUUUCUUUUAUCGAAUCUAAAACCGAUCAAAUUGAUAACUUGGCUCUACCAUUGUUGAUGUACAUUUUUCUUAUUGUUUAAACGCAGUCUAUUUUUUACCUACAAAAAAGUAACAAUUUUAUAAUACAAAUUUAUAUAUAUAUAUAUAUAUGUAUAUAUAUAUAUAAAAAUUUAUACUCAAUAUUUGAUUAGGAUAUCAAUUACAUUUUAUAAUACAAUACAUUCGAUUAGUUAUCGUACAAUGGCAUUUAUUAAUUGAGAGAACAUAUUUUAUAAUGGCCAUAUUUAUUUGAUAAUUAUAGUACUAAGGAGUAUUAUAAAAGAAGAAGAAGAAGAAGAAGAGGAGAAGAUUAAGAUGAAAUAUUACUAUUCUAUAGAGCAUUUAGGUUUAUUAUCUAAUUAAAUGAUUCCAGAAAGACCUAAUUUAAUAAUAUGUUAAAUAUAUAUUUAUACAUUAAUAUCAAUUUUAUUUAACUUGUUGUAAUAUAUUUUUGACAUUCCCUUUGAUGCAUUUUUGUUAAUCUACGAUGAAUUUCUAUGAUGACACCUGUUAUCUAUCGAAGAAUAUUUUCUUCUUAAGCUAAUUAUAUAAAACUUACAACAUUUAUUUUCUUUUAUAAUAUUAUAUGAUAAUAAGUAAUAUAUUGUUAAAUAAUGAUUGAUAAACGAGUCGUUUAAUUGUCAAAUCGAUGAAUUUCACUAAACAUAAAUAAAAAAAAAAAAAAAAGACCAAAGUUUUGAAAUAAAUUAUCUUUUGGAAAGUUAAAACAUACCAAAGAAUAUGAAGCAAUAUUUCCUGUAAAUCAUUUUCGAAGGCAAGACGACACGUAUUAAAAGAUAUUUUAUGAUAACAACAAAUACAUAUAACAAUAAAAUGUAAUAAAUGAAGGAAGAGUAAUCUAUAAAGUAAAUCAAUUUUUCUACAAUCCUUGGUAAUAAAACACUUUGUAUAAAAUUAAAUUAAUCGUUAUAUUCCGCCGCUGUUAGAAAUAAAAUGAUUGAAUAAUUUAAUACCCUAAUAUCUUGUUACCUUGUGGUGGUAGUAGAUGUUGACGCGUCGAACGACGGAAGGAGAAUGAAAAUCUUCACCUCUAAACCGUUACCGUUUACUCUUACGUGUGUUUUGUUUUGUUUUGUUUUGUUUUGUUUAGUUUUGUUUCGUUGAUAAUUGUCUAUAGAAAUGUUUUGUAUUGUUAUUUAAAAAUAAUAAAUAUGUACUAUCGAAUGUAUGUAUUCGUGUUGGAGACACGAAAAAAGAAAAUAAUAAUAAAAGGACUAUAUUUUGGAAUGUUAUUUUUAUUGACCACACAGCCUUGAAAUUUUUUCACGGACAGCAUAUUGUUACGCGUCGUGUGUUGUCUUCUUCCAUAUAUAUCGUAAUAUUAUUCUUCGAGAAGAAGAAAAAAAAUCAUCGUUUCUUUGUGGACGACUCAUUUAAAAUUAUUUCCUGCGAUACAAUCCUAGAUUAAAGAGAUAUAUUUUCAUUUGGUAUAAUAUUCUUAUUGCAUGAAAUAUUUGACGUAAUCGAUUAAUUAAACGAUGUUUUUUUUUUUUUUUUAACAAUUCUUCGAAAACAUUGUGUCAAUAUGUUACAAUGGAUCCGUUGUUCUUCAAAAAAACAAUGAGAGUCAUUUGCUAAAAAAAUGUUUUUUCAUAUUUUAUACAAUUUCUUGAUUUGCAGGAAUUCAUCGAAAGUUGUAUCAAUUGUAUCAAUUUAUCUGAAAUAUAACUCAAUAAAAAUUGUUCAACUAUUUGUUAUUAUUUAACUGCACGUUCUUUAUUGUUAAUAUAUAUUGCUGACACGUGCUUGACGCGCAUUUAAUUACAUUUUGUAGAUGAUGAUUUGAAUUUUGAAACGUUAGAAAAUAAAGAUUUUCUGCUAUUGAAUUAGUCUUUUGUCACAUAAUCGUUUCAUUUAGGUAGAUACUAUUGAAAAAAGGCCGCCUUAACAGUUAACUGAUUAGGUAAAAUAAUAUUUCGUGCUAUUGUGAAAUAGUAUGAAAAAUGAAAAUCAAUAUACGGAAUAUGUCUCAGAGUUUAUCCAGUGAACAAAAUUGAUUGUAAGAUACUCUCUAAUUGAAACAUCAUUUUGUGAAUAUUAAAAGUUUAAGAAGAACGACGGAUGUGAAUGUCAAAGGCGUCUUAACUAUCUACCAACUACUUAUUAUAUAUAGUCCUUUUUCUUUUAUCGUUAUAUUCAUAUAUUUUUGGAUAGCAAUUAUUAAAUAAAUAUCCUGACAUUUCUUCUAUUAGUUUUUGUCGUCAAAUUUCUAUCCUCGUACUUUCUUUCUUUCUUUCUUUCUUUCUUUCUUUCUUUCUUGUUUGAAAGAAGGACCAUAUGUGGUGGUAGGUGGGAUAAGGUGAAAUAAGAAAAUAAAUAAUUAAUUAUCUCAUGCGUUGUCAAUUAUUGACUGACGUUGCGAAUAGAGUGGUGGUUAACUCGCGUUAACGUUUUAUCUCUGACGCGACACAACACAUCGGUUGACAAUUCUUUCCAUCAUUUUUCGGAUGUUUUCUGAUUCUUUUGGAUAAAAGCAUCGCCGGUGAAUACAUGAAUUUUGCAAUUUUCAUUUAUUUAUUGUAUUUCUUGCAAAAAGCGGUGCGUUUUUAAAAAGGAUCUUCUUUUCCAACAUUCUUCGAUUAUUUCUUAAUUUGCUUACGAGUCCCUUCCUUCAUUCAUCUUUUCACCUUCUUGUAGUUUGUAUUUAUUUCUAAAUAAAUUCUAAUACUAAUAAAACAAUUAGUUCAUCAUCUUAAAAUAAAAUAUAAACGAUGCUCCUCCCCAUUGGGAGCAUAAAAAACCUCUUGUUUAUCCAAGAUUUGAUUGAUAUAGGUCAACUCUUUCGUUAAUUCGAUUCGUUUUACAUAGAAAAUCUAGCUACAACGUUUGCACUUUUAGCACGAAUUCUAAUGAAAAUCCGGAGGCAAAAAAUGACUACGUUAUAGGUAUAUUCUAUAAAAAUAACAUGCGCUUAGUUGUUUUUUUUAUUCUUUUUUUUCUUUUCUUUCUUUUCUUCUUUCUUCUUUUUCUACGCAUAUACAGAACAGGGACGGAACCGCAAUACCGUAGGACCCCGCAACGCGUUUCUUCAAAUUAUUAUUGAUUAAAAGUACAUAUACACAAAAAAAAAAAAAAAA